ACAAAGGGAUUUAAGGCCAACGCAUUCAGGUGAAACUUGACAGAAUUGUUGAAUAUAAACUCUGUCAGUCAAAGUAAGUGAAAAAUGGACAGGACUAUAUCUACUUAUUUUAAAAAGUCUUGCAGAUUUGAAUGGUUGAAAGACCUUAAAAACACUUAACAUACUCUAUAAAAAUUGGAAAAGUAUAAAAACUACAAAUAUGGUAUUAUUGUGGAAAUUCUUCCAUCAAAUGAGGCUGUAAGUAUUGAGAGUAAAGGUGAAAUCAGUAAAACAUCAGGCAGAAUCAGCAGAAUGUUGGUAAUUGCAACUAAGCAUUGGAAGCAAAUCUGCACUCAAUCUAAAUUACAAUAGAUAUCGCCAAUCCAGACGGAAAUAGCAGGUCAUUCAUUGUGGGAGUGGUUGAUAGGUGGACCUACCUGAUAUAUAAUUGACCUCUGGACAUCUCGUCGAAUGUUUCACCUCCAAAGCAGUCAGAAAAUGCAGACAGACGUAAAGUGGGUUUCCACCAUGCAGCUCACCUGGGUUUUAAUUUGCUUUGCAUUGUCCGUGAAGACCGUCUCAGCUGCAGAAUGGUGCUACCAGUCACAGGUUAGCUGCAACAGCACCUGUUCAGGCCCAGAUGUGUGGCAGACAGUUUCUCAACAAUGUGGUGGCAGAUCUCAGUCUCCAGUGAACAUCGUGACGAGGAAAACGUUCAAAGACGAGCGGCUUACCCCACUUCAGUUUAACGGCUACCAGGAGGCGUCUAACGUCCACCUCAUGAACAACGGUCACACUGUUCAGCUGGACUUACCUCCUGGUAUCGUGAUCAGUGGAGGACACUUGGCUGCAAAUUACAAAGCCAUUCAGCUCCAUCUUCACUGGGGCAAGGACGGCUCACCUGGAUCCGAACACACGAUUGAUGGAGAGCAGUUUCCCAUGGAGAUGCACAUUGUCCACAUCAAAGAAGAUUACAGUUCUUUGUCCCAGGCUGUGAUGGACCCUUCUGGAAUUGCAGUUCUUGGAUUUUUCUUUCAGGAGUCUCUGUCUGAGAAUAAGAAGUACGCUCCCCUAGUUGAUGCUCUGAAGCAGAUCAUUAAACCCUCCAGUAACGCCACGCUGCCAGGCGUCUCCCUGGAAAUGCUUAUUCCCCCUCAGAGCAGCUUGAAGAAAUACUUCCGCUACGACGGCUCCCUCACGACUCCCAACUGCGCUGAAGCUGUCGUCUGGACGCUGUUUGAAAGCACCAUUCCUCUGAGCUGGAGUCAGCUCUCUGCGUUCUGGCAGCUUCAGUUUCCCGAAGAGACAGAAAUGAUUCAAACCUACCGGCCAGUGCAGCCUCUGAACGACAGGCCUGUGUUCUACUCUGAAGGAAACGCUGCCCUGGUCAGCUGGGUGCUGCUGGUCAUGUCGCUGCUGCUUUCCACUGUCUGACGGACAAAAGCUUUGUUUCACACAGACUCCGUUGAGGAAUGUGGCGAAUGUUUGACUAUAUAUUAAGGCUAAAAGCGUUUGUUUUGUUUAAAUAUUUACUGACAUUUUCAGAAAUCAGAUUGUGAUUGUGGUUGUAAAGUUACGUCAUUAUUUAAGUUUCAA